AUGCAUAAGAUUAUGGUAGAUCGAUAUCCUCUUUAUAACAGAUAUAAGGAACCAUUGAUAUUUCCAAAGGAUAAAACCAUGUUGGAAAUGGUAAUGCUCUUCCAACAUGAAAGGAAAUCUUUGUUUUUUCAUAUACGAUUCAGAGAAGAAAUUAGAAAAAUGAAUAUAUCAAAUUUAAUCGUUGAAGGGUAAAAUAAAUUAUAGCGAUAAUUGGAUUGA